CAGCAGCGCCGAAUCCUUAGACCGGCUGUACCCUGCGGUGGGAUCCACCAAACCACCCCGAAAGCGGACCACUAGCCAGUGCAAGUCUGAGCCACCCCUGCUGCGCACCAGCAAGAGGACCAUCUACACAGCUGGCCGGCCACCGUGGUACAACGAGCAUGGGACGCAGUCCAAGGAGGCCUUCGUGAUAGGCCUGGGAGGAGGCAGUGCCUCUGGGAAGACCACGGUGGCCACCAUGAUCAUUGAGGCUCUUGAUGUUCCUUGGGUGGUUCUGUUGUCCAUGGACUCCUUCUACAAGGUGUUGACCAAGCAGCAGCAGGAGCAGGCAGCCAGCAAUGACUUCAACUUUGACCACCCCGAUGCCUUCGACUUUGACCUCAUCAUCGCCACCCUGAAAAAGCUGAAGCAAGGCAAGAGUGUGAAGAUCCCCAUCUACGACUUCACCACCCACAGCCGGAAGAAGGAAUGGAAAACCCUCUAUGGCGCCAACGUGAUUAUCUUCGAAGGCAUCAUGGCAUUCGCAGACAAGGAGCUCCUGAAGCUCCUUGAUCUGAAGAUAUUUGUGGACACGGACUCGGACAUCCGCUUGGUGCGUCGCCUGCGCAGGGACAUCAGCGAGCGCGGCCGUGACAUCGAGGGUGUCAUCAAGCAAUACAACAAGUUUGUCAAGCCCGCCUUCGACCAGUACAUCCAGCCCACCAUGCGGCUGGCCGACAUCGUGGUCCCCCGAGGGAGCGGAAACACGGUGGCUAUCGACCUGAUCGUUCAGCACGUCCACAGCCAGCUGGAGGAGCGUGAACUCAGUGUCAG